AUGCUCGAUACCAACUCUCCAAAGGCGUGUAGUGCAACGAGUCUUUUUUCGUCUUUCUCGUUGCUAAACCUAAAUAAGUUUCCUAACAUCGCUUUUUCUUUCGUCAACCUAGGGAGCCGCUUUGCCUACGAUGGCAACUCCAGUUCUGACUCGGAGGAGGAAAUACUCCGCCGGUUGAAGUUGCAGCAGUCCUGUAGUCUACACAGCAGUGGCCAGCUGUCACGGUACGGUGCCGGUGCCCUGAGUCCGCUAGAUCCCGAUCUAGCGCCCAGUUUGGGUGGCUUGCAGCACAUUACCAUCGGUUCACCGUUGGAUGAAGGGCAACUGAGUAGGAAGGAGAGCCGUAAGCAUCAUCAUCAUCAUGGCCACGGGCACCAUCAUGGCAGUGGCAACGGUCAUCAUCACCAUCAUCACAGCGGUCGGCACGGAUCGUCGAGAGAUCCUUUGGCGUUGGCUGAACGAGGUAAGAUCGGGAUGCCGCACUCGAGUAGCGAAUGCAGCUCGAAUAGUUCGGUGGAAGCUUCGGUGGAGAGCAAUACGGGUUUGGUAGGUGGCGAGAAGAAAGAUCGACGACUGAUCCUGCAGUCUGCGGGAGGGGGGAUGAAAAGUAGUACCCCAGCGAAGGAGAUGCCUUUGGCGGAUGGUAAGAAGGACCAAGGGAGCAAUGUUGUCGGUUCGAGUACGAGCACAAAAUACAACAGACUACCUUUGCAACAGCAGGAUAGUUUGGAAGAUGUCCCAGAUAUCAACAGCAAUCAGGAUUGCAUCGUAGUCCUCUCGCAGGAACCUCUGUUCGAUACGAGCGAUCUUAAAUCGCUCAAGUCUGACACGGGAACGAUCGGUCCUAGACCGGAGAGUCCUACUUCAACCAGCUGUCCGAACGGUACUCUGGAGGUGUCCCUGCUGUACGACGCACCGAUGCGCAAGAUGACAGUUCAUGUCCUUCAAGCACGAGGUAUCCCAUCUCGACAAAGUGCGAGUAGUGCACCCAGCAAUCCCGCAGAUCCACCCAAUCCCAAGAGCACUCAGCAGACUACCCACACCCAGGUAAGGUUGCUGAUGUUGCCAAGCAAGAAGCAAAAACACAAGACCAAGAUCCGAUCCGGGGAGAAUCCACAGUUCAUGGAGAGCUUCUUGCUGCAUCGGGUCAACCCGGAGGAGGUCAACUCGAUGGGUUUGAGAAUUCGGGUGUACGGGUGCGAGCGAAUGCGACGGGAGCGGCUGAUAGGGGAGUCUAUUGUAAGCUUCGCCAACAUCGAUCUGGAGCUGGAAACGAAUCUUUGGCUACCACUGGAACCGAGAGCGAACUCCGCGAACACCGGUUCUACGAGUGAUCUGUUGAGUUUGGCACGAUCGGACAGUACGGGUUCUACGACGUCUAUGCAGCAUGGAGGUGUUCCAGAAUUGCUUCUGGGACUCGGUUACAACGGAACUACGGGUCGAUUAACGGUUGAGAUCGUGAAGGGCAGUCAAUUCCGCAACCUGGCGUUGAACAAGGUCCCGGAUACGUACGUCAAGCUGUGUCUGGUCAGCAGCAUGGGCCAGGAGAUGGCUCGGGCGAAGACCUCCACGAGACGUGGUCAACCGAAUCCGUUGUUCAAGGAGACGUUUAUCUUUCAGGUGGCCUUAUUCCAGUUGAACGACGUCACACUGAUGGUGUCGGUGUACGCCAAGCGGAACAUGAAACGCAACGAAAUGGUCGGCUGGUUCAGUUUGGGGCUGAACUCGAGCGGUCCGGAGGAGAACGCCCACUGGGGCGACAUGCGGGAGGCGAUGAACCCCCGCUCGGAGUUGGUGACGCGAUGGCACGUGCUGGUGGAUUCCUGAUUUAACUAGCUAGGGCUCUCCCCUCGGCAGAGCACGGUCAUCAGUGAGGAUAUUGCCGAAGUAGCGAUCCCCGGUCGGCGGAUGUCGACGUCGUCCCGCUAUAACCAUCAUCACCGGAGCCGUCGAAGCUCCGGAAGUAUGGCGUCGACGUUGACCAGUCCAGAGGUUCCGCCGGUGGCGUUAUCGUCGCAGCCAGCCGUUACGGUGGCACAGCCGCAGGCGCCCACCACAAUCCCGUGGGAUCGGGACUCGGUGGCCGUCGAUAUCUCAUUGAUGCCAGGGAGUGACCUAGAGUUUGUUUAAAACCAUGCACGAUUGAGACAAGUAUAAGGAAGGAUGAACGAGUGUGGGAGAAGUGCAAAACCGUUACGUUUGUAGAUGUGUCAUGUAUGUAUGAAUGUUUGUCUGUGGUGUGGGGUAAUAGUCGUGACAUUCAGUUUUGCCUGCAAAUUGUCAAGCAGUUUAUCAACCAAUGUGGCACACGUUUUAGUUUCAAUCUUAUAAAUGAAUUUUGAUGUUUCAAUCGUGUCGUAUUUAGGCGUAAGAUUUAUGCACUCAAUCUAAGACGUGUUGGAUGUGGCUAAUAGGUAUGUUUGAUGGAUAAGAAAUCAUUUUUUUCCACAGGAAAAAAAGCAUAGAGGAAGGUAGUACACGAAGCUU